CUCCCCGUUGGACUCAUGUGUUCCAGUCCCACCCCUUACUGUCUGGCAUUACCGUCCUCUACAAUACAAAACGGUAUUCUCAGUACCUCCCCCUAGUUUCGCUUGCUUUUGCACUCGCUCAGUCUGUGCAUCUCUGACUACCUUCAUUGACAUCCACCCUACCACCUCUCCACCUGCGUACAGCUUUCACGGAUCCGACCUAGCCAGACCCUCGCUAGAACACAUCGGGAUAUUUCUUCCGAUCCGUUGAGCUCCCCCAUUUCCCCUCAGGUCGAUUUGGUCACUGUGUUUCUCCGUGUAUCAAUGUAUACGACCUCGCCGAGCCGAAGGAUUUCUCUCUCUUGAGCAUGAGAAGGAACACCAUCUCAUCCGCAAUCCAACAUCUAAGAUUGAGCUACCAGCAUGCACACUGGAUACAUAUGCUCCAGCAGAAGUUUUCGGCCAGAAAACUAAAGCACAUUGGACCACAGAUUCCGAACAAGUGGGUAAAUCAGUUUUAGGUCUUCACAGAAUGGAGCGAGAAUGAACAGAGAGCGGCUGAAAGAAAAGCAUGAACUGGAGGUUUAUUGAGGUCAUCUGCUUCCUGUUUAUAUGGGACCAUAUAACAGUUCAGUCUUCCCGCCAGGACCCGUCCGCCGCCGAGCAACAUGUUACCAAGCAGUUUGAUUGGCUCAUCUCCGACCGCGGACCUUUCCACCACUCUCGGAGUUACCUCUCCUUUGUGGAAAGAUUCCGCCAAGGAUUUACAACCAGAUAUAAAAUUUAUAGGGAGUUUGCGCGUUGGAAGGUGAGGAACACAGCCAUCGAGAGGAGGGACCUGAUCCGGAACCCCGUGCCACUUAUGCCGGACUUCCAGCGCAGUGUCCGGUUGCUAGGGCGACGACCCUCCACUCAGCAGUUCAUUGACACCAUCAUCAAGAAGUAUGGAACCCACAUCCUCAUAUCAGCCACCUUGGGAGGCGAGGAGGCGUUGACCAUGUACAUGGCCAAGAACAAGCUGGACAGAAAGCUGGUCAACGCCACUCAGAAUGUGGAGGCCCUGCACCAGCUGGCAUCCUCAUACUUCAUCGACCGAGAUGGCACCAUGCGGAAACUCCAUGAGAUCCAGAUCUCCACCAAUGCCAUCAAGGUGACAGAGACUCGCACGGGCCCGCUGGGAUGCAGCAGCUAUGAUAAUCUGGACUCAGUGAGCUCCGUCCUCCUGCAGAGCCCAGAGAGCAAGCUCCAUCUGCAAGGUCUCCAGGUCAUCUUUCCAGAGUACCUCCAGGAGAAGUUUGUCCAGUCAGCUCUGAGCUACAUCAUGUGUAACGGGGAGGGGGAGUACGUCUGCCGGAACAGCCAGUGUAUCUGCAUGUGUUCUGACGAGUACCCACAAUGCAACUGUCCCAUCACCGACAUCCAGAUCAUGGAGAACACCCUGCUGGGACAGGCGGAGUCAUGGGCAACCUCCUACAAGGACUUUGAGAACUCAGACGAGUUUAAGUCGUUCCUGAAGAGGCUGCCCUCCACCCACUUCCUGCCGGUUAGCAGUGUCCACCUCCUCUGGGGCAGUGACUGGGACCUGCAGGCCCGCUACCGCCUGCUCCAGAGCUCCCUGGAGACCCAGAGGCUCAAGAUCCAGCGCACUGCCCGCAAGCUCUUUGGCCUCAGCAUCCGCUGCCACCACAACCCCAACCACCAGAUGCCUAGGGAGAGGUCUGUGAUGCAGUGGCUAAACAGGGUCCAGUCCUUCCUCUACUGCAAUGAGAAUGGUUUCUGGGGGACCUUCCUGGAGAGCCAGAGGACGUGCGUGUGCCACACGGGUGUCACCCUAUGCCAGAGACCCAUCCCAUGUAUCAUCGGGGGCAACAACAGCUGUGCCAUGUGCAGCCUGGCCAACAUCUCGCAGUGCGGCUCCUGCAAUAAGGGCUACAAGCUGUACAGAGGUCGCUGUGAGCCCCAGAACGUGGACUCUGAGCGCAGCGAGCAGUUCAUCAGCUUCGAGACCGACCUGGACUUCCAGGACCUGGAGCUCAAGUACUUGCUCCAGAAGAUGGACUCGCGUCUCUACAUCCACACCACCUUCAUAAGCAACGAGAUCCGCCUGGAGACAUUCUUCGACCCACGGUGGCGCAAGCGCAUGUCCCUGACCCUGAAGAGCAACAAGAACCGGAUGGACUACCUCCACAUGAUCAACGGACUGUCCAUGAAGAUCUGCCAGAUGCGCAACAGCAGCAUUGACCCCAUGUUCUUUGUUUACGUUAACCCGUUCAGCGGCAGCCACUCGGAGGGUUGGAGCAUGCCCUUUGGCGAGCACGGCUACCCGCGCUGGGAGAAAACAAGGCUGGGGAACUCCCAGUGCUUCAACUGGACCCUGCUGCUAGGCAACCGGUGGAAGACGUUCUUUGAGACAGUACACAUCUACCUACGAAGCCGAGCCAAGGUGCCCACCGGGCUGCGCAACGAUACGGGCCACGGUCCCGUCGACUUGUCCGAUCCUAACAAGCGCCAGAUCUACAUCAAGAUCUCUGACAUCCAGGUGUUUGGCUACAGUUUGCGCUUCAACGCUGACCUGCUCCGCAGCGCCGUGCAGCAGGUGAACCAGUCGUACACACAGGGGACUCAGUUUUACUCCUCCUCCUCUGUCAUGCUCUUGCUACUGGACAUUAGGGAGCGGAUUAACCGCCUGGCCCCUCCAGUGGCGCCCGGGAAACCCCAGCUGGACCUGUUUUCAUGUAUGCUGAAGCACAGGCUCAAGCUGAACAACAGCGAGAUGAUCCGGGUCAACCAUGCCUUGGACAUGUACAACACAGAGAUACUGAAACAAUCAGAUCACCUGACUACCAAACUCUGCUGAGAUACAGUAAACAAACAAACAAAAAGAAGAUCAAACAGAUACUAAAAAGAGAACUGUUUGGGAAUAUUCCUUUUUAUUUACUUAUCUCCUUUUUUUCUUUUUGGACCUUUUUGUUCUGCCUUUUGAUGUAAUAUUAACAACUUUGUAAGUGUAAUUGUUAAAGAGAAAUCCAAAACAUUGAUGAAGCCUUUUAGUUGGAUAAAGAAGAAGAUUCAUAGAAACCACUUUAAAGACUGUACCAUAUUUGUCCCAGCAUGUCUGUCAUUUCCUAAAAUAGCAUAAAAAGAGAAUAAGAAAAACAUGUAUCCAUCUUCUGGUGACAAAGAGGCCUUUAUUUUACUCUAAGGGAACAAAGGUUAUAUCUGAAACUGCCAUUCUUUACUAAGUUAAACCUUUUUAGUCGCAUUAGGGCAGACCAGAUAUCAUCCUUUUAUUUCAGUGAAUAUGCUUUAUCAACAAACAAAAUAUUACAAAUAUGUAAAAGGACAGUUUAAUACAGUAUGAAGGCAUUUAUACAUUUUAAGGGUUAAAUAACCUAGCAAACUGUAAGCUGUAAGCGUUAGCUAUAUAUUCUCUUUGAAAAAUGGAUAAUCCAUGACAAGUCUGCAUACCGUUCUUUGUGUAGUAAGGUAUAAGGCAGCGGAUAGUCAUUUCAUGUCAAAUAACGGAAGCCAGCUGUUUAUAUACUGUAUGUGUAUACCUUUAUUUCGCCUGAUGCUUAUUGAUGUUCGUUAAUUGAAUGUGUCAUUUGAGAGCGAGUGAAUCCAGGCAAAGCUAAAAACUUGUCUUUAGGCACUUACCUCCCAUGUUUGAAAUUCUACCUGCAUUUCCCAUGAGGUGGUUUCUUCUGGUGCCUGAGUAUAUAUUGUGGUCUGAAGAUGAACAAUCAAUGCUACUUCGUACAGCUUUGCAAAAUGUACACCUUGUGACUGCUGAUGUGUCAAGCUUUACGGCACAUGGAUCAUUCACGUACAUCUGCAACAGACACCAUAAAAGCCAUACAUUUCCCUGAGUACACAUAAGACAUGGAAAAGCACCCCAUACAUUUUUCAAAAACAUGAAGAAUGUCCCAUUUGUGUUUUUUAUGAAGUUGUUAUUCC